AGCAGGCUGCAUUGACAUCGUCUCUCAUCUCUCAACUUUUCCACCACCACCAGUCACCAAGAGUAACAAUGUCUGACGAGAGUGGAAGUCCGACAUUUAUCAUCGCCGAUUUCUCCGACGACGACGCGGCUAACGAAAACUGGCCGGAGAUUGAGUUCCGGUCACCGGAGGACGAGGCUUGGUACGGUGUGGACGUGUGGGAGUUGUGCGACUCUCUGGUGGUCACUUUCAACGGCUUCUCCUUCGAGUACGACGAGGUUUACUCGCCGGAGGAUUUCAAGAACUCGGACGAGUUAAAGGAGUUCGAAGAGAGGUUCCGUGCUUGCUCCGUUCAGAUGCAAGACACCGAGUGCGCGACGCUCGCGCAAGGCACGAAGGUCUGCGCCACGUGUCCUUCCGUCGCCGGAGAAGUCAAGUUCUACGACGCCAUCGUCGUUAACGUGUCGAGGGAGAAGCAUGGUGUGGACGAGGAAGGGAACGAAGUGUGUGGAUGCGAUUACAAACUUUACUGGAACCAAGGUCCUUUCGUUAACCAGGUUACGUCUGCAAAAGUUGGUGACAUUUGUCUUGUUCAGGAAGAUAAACGAAUGAAGCCGAAGGUUGUCACUUUCUUGAAAGAAGCUAGGAGGCAGCUUCUUGGAGAAGCUCCCCAAGGAAAAGAAACAGAGUGGCAAAAGAUACUUAGGAAGGUCACUUCUGCUGUUCGAGACCACAACUUAGAUCCAUCUGUUCCAGAGAAUCAAGGUUAAACGGAUAACUAGCUUUUGCUGCUUAGCAAACAUUUGAAAACUAUGUGUGGUUUCGUUAUCUCUUAUAAUUGUUCGAUAGAAAACUAUGUAAACCCUUUUGGGGUAUCUCUUGUUUUGAAACUCUAGUAUCUAUGCUGAAAAGCUCUUGCAGAA